CAGUGAUUAUUUUUUAAUCUUCUGAUUGCUUCCUUUCCAUAGCAGUCUGUUGUUGUCUUAUAGGAACAAUUAUCUUCUUAAAUUUGUCUGAGAAAACUAAUUAGAAUUUCAAAAAAUUCCCUGACUAUCUCAGUUUCCUGCUGGGUCAUUUUUUUCUCCACCCACCCCCCCUUUUUUUUUAAUCCUUGUAUUUUGUAUUUUGGCUUCCAAGAUGUUUGAUGACCCUUUAUUGUCUAUGCAUAAUUAUGAGAAGGCUUGGUAACCAGUGGGGUUUCCUCUGUUGCUUUGGGAUUCCAGGGGAGGAGUGUUGUGGUCUGCUGCUGUUUUAUCUGCAAAUACUGUCUCAUCCACUCUCUGUCUUACAUAAAUUAGUCAGAUCUCUGUUGUCUUCUCCUCAGUGCUAUAAUGGACUUUCUUUUUCUGAGCUUCUUUACUUUCAUAUAAAUGGGAUUUGAGGAAGGAAGAUAAUGUGUAUGCACAGUCUCACACUGAAUUUUAACGGGUGUUUAUUACUGCUUAUUCAGCUCUUGAUUUUCUGUAUUCUGCUUUAAAGAGAACAAGAAAGACACUUAACUUUCUUACAUAACUUUCACUUAACUUGGAUACCAAAAGCCCUAGGCCUGCCCAAGGUCUGGAUUUUGCAUUUCCUUUCUUUGCCUGUUUCAGGCCUCAUAAGAGCUUUGUAACUUCACAGAAAGCAAGAGUUCACUUCCUUCCUUAGCACUGGUUUGAUGGGCUCUAUCUACUUAAUUUCUGUGUUUCCUUUUCAUUAGGAAUAACUUGAUCUGUACCUGUAUCUUUCUGCCAGUCAUAUUUAUAAGCUGAUUUGCAGUAUUUUUUUCUACUUAACUUAGAGAACAGGGAAGAACAGAAAAGGAGGGGCAAAAAAGAAAGCUAAGGGCUAACUUCUGAGUCUGGGUGAUCGCCCACAGCCAGUAUCAAAAGUCCAAAAGAAUUUCCAUCUUUCUGAGCAUGCAAGAUGAAAUCGACACAGAAGAGAUCAUCAGGGACAUUUUCCUGCAAGGCAAGGCCUGCUUUAUCCCUCGGUACCAGUUCCAGAGCAGUCACAUGGACAUGGUGAGGUUAGCGUCACCCGAGGAAAUCUCUUCACUUCCCAAAACAUCCUGGAAUAUUCAUCAGCCUGGUGAGGGAGACGUUCGGGAGGAGGCCUUGUCCACAGGUUUAACAAAUACAAUGAAAAAUGCUGUGAGGGAAAGGACGACCUUACUUACAUUGUGUGUUUCUGGUGGUGGGAAGGAGGAAAGUCUGUGCACAAGCUGCAGAUCCUUAAGGCUCACUGGAUUUGGGUGUGGGAGAGCCCGUGUGGACUGGUGUGAAAGUGAAGGAGAGACUGUGAGCUGGGCCUUGAAGGAAGCGUGGGACUUACAUGAACAGAGACCGGAAGUGGGACACUGUGGAGGCUGGAUUCCUCGUCAGGGGGGCCUUGAUCUCAUCUUCGUGCCGGGUCUCGGCUUUGACACACACGGCAACCGACUAGGGAGGGGCAAGGGCUACUACGACGCCUACCUGAAGCGCUGUUGGCAGCACCAGGAAGUGAAGCCCUACACCCUGGCCCUGGCCUUCAAAGAGCAGAUUUGCCCCCAGGUCCCAGUGGAUGAAAAUGACAUGAAGGUAGACGAAGUCCUUUAUGAAGACUCCUCAACGUGUUAAAUCAGAUGACUACAGCUGAAUAAUCAGUAUUUUACAUGAGAGUAAAACAAAAUAUGUGCAUUUUUCCCUUGUCAAAAAUUAGUUGAAGGUGCACAUUAAUGUGAAAUGGACUGUGCUUUAAAAAUGUGAUUAUAAAAUGCCUAACAUAAAGCUAUCUUUAAAAAUUAA